AUGACUGAAGUGAAAUUGAAUAAGUUGCUAGAGUGGGGUAAAGUUAACGGAGUGGAAUUACCCAAUGUCGAAUUUCAGUAUACUUCAGAUAAAGGUAUUGUUGCAGUUGCUUCAUCACUGUUGGUAGAUGCCAAGUUUUCCCUGCCAAAAAGCCUAAUAAUAUCCAAUAGUCUAGCACGGAAGCAUUUUAAUAAGGAUGUGGAUUUAAACUCAUGGCUUAAAUUACUUCUUUGCAAACUAAAAUAUCACGACGAGGUUGUCGUGGUUGAUGGGGAAGAAUUGCGCUCAAAGUUUGGAUUUUAUUUGAAUUGUCUGCCUGACGAGGUAAAUUCUCCAUUGCAAUGGAAUGUAAGUGAAUUGGAGCUAUUAAAUGGUACAAAUUUAGGGAGUGCCACUGAGGAAAAGUUUUACGAUAUAGUUGAUGAAUGGCGCAGAAUUCAUGUUGAAUUAGGCAUGUUCGAGGAUGAGAUACGGUGUAACGAAGAGGUCCGUCGCGCAUACUUGGAGCGCUCCGCCCAAGAAGCCGUGCCCUGGUAUUCAUUCCGGGCAUUUCUAUGGGCGCAUUUGAUUCUAACAUCCAGAGCUUUCCCUGAAAAGUUGCUGGACCCUACCUGUGAUGAUUCUAAUGUCGUGUUGCUUCCUAUCUUGGACCUUUUAAACCAUGACUACCACUCUAAAAUAGAGUGGUCUGGUGCAGGAGGGAAUUUCCAGUUUAAAAAGCUGGAGCCAGUUGAGGCUGGACAAGAAGUGCUGAACAACUACGGCGGAAAGAGCAAUGAAGAGUUGUUGCUCAGUUACGGUUUUGUUAUCGAGGACAAUUUGUUUGAUUGUGUUGCACUUAAAUUACGGCCUCCAUUGCCUAUGGUACAGCAAAUGCUGGAAGCAGGUCUUAACUUGCCAAGAUUAGAUGACUACACAACCUAUGCUUUUGAAGCAGCCAAGCCUCUAAACAAAAAACAGCUCGAAGACUAUAACAAUGGCAUUCUAUUUUUGGUCAACAAAGGAAAUCCACAAGCACUCAAGGAUCUUUUGCAUGUGUUUGCAUUCCAAGAAGCCAAGAAUAAUGAAGACUCUAUGUCGCUAAGGUGCAUCUUGCAGAGUAUGCAGACUCUGCAAGAUCUGUUAAAGCAACGGGUUGAACGCAUUGCAGCUAAUACAAUAACUUAUGAACUUCCGCAAGUUAAUCCAUAUAGAGCGAAAUGUGCCGCAAUAUAUCGUAAAAACCAAAUUAAUAUACUCAAGCAUUCAAUAAAAGUCAUAAAAGACUGGGAAAGACCCCUACAGCUCGAGAACAAAGUAAAUCUAGUCACUUUCAGCACUAUAGCUAAGUAUGACAGCCAAUUCCUAAACGACGAUUUGGCUACCUACUUUCAAUCAGAUAUUGAAUUUGAGAGCUAUGACGAUAUAUUAAUGCUCUGGAUACUAAUCCGCUCAAGUGAAGACAUUUCUCAGGCACAUAAAAGGCUCAGAUGGGUUCUUGAGGACUAUAUAAAUUUCAUUGUCUCUCCUACUACCUUAGGACCAGGCGAGAUCGAUGAAAAGAGACAAACUACCAUAGACAAAAAGUACGCUCUAUGGUUCCCAUCAGGAAGCAAAGCAAUAUCGAAGGCUCACCUGUAUAAAGCUAUAGACUUCCUUGAUCAUUCCUCUUACUUCAGAACUUCUAAGGAAGAAACUGUUAUAGUUAAAGGCGGAUGUAGAUCUUUUUUUCCAUCUAGCUAA